AUUUUUUUGCUCGCCGAUCUUGUCACGGACCCCCACCAACGGCCAAAAUCCUAGGAGCCUCGUUCCUCUCCAUGAAAGCAUUCAUAUAACAAUCACAACUUACAUCUAUCUGUCUCAAAUCGGACUUUCUCGCGUUUCAAAGCCUGUUUUCAUUUACCUCACGAGAGGUACAGCUUAUUGACACUGGAUACCUACAAAAUCACACCACAAACAUAAGGAGACAUGAGGGCCGUAUACGUAUACUCUUAUUUCAUUUCGCCUUGUUGCUAUCUCGUGGAACCUUGGCAAAAAAAACAACCAGCGGGGCCCGGACUUUUCUUUACGCCGUUGACGAUGACCGUUAUGGAAGCUUCAAUGCGGCCAAUAGCUCAUCUUCAAACUUCUAGCACUUCCAGAGAGGACCUAUUACUUUGACAUCGCCUGUACAGAAGCCUCAUUCCAGAAUGAAGCGAUUCAUGGCUCCACCCACAUCUCCAGCAAUACUAGCAAUAAGCGCGGAUCAAGUCCUCGAAUAACGCAACACACUUCCGCAAGCCUCGAGCUGACGUUGAUUUGUUACUGAUGCUGGCACCACAAGGAGGUUUCGGUGCCUUGGCUUGAGCCUUGGGAGACUGUGGAGUGGUGUAUCGCGUAAGGAUGCGUGCGUGCGAGAUUCAUGCUGACUCGUGUUUAUUGACUCGUACAUAUCAUACUUCACCAGUCCACAAGCCCAAACACCACGACACAAGAAAUUCACAAAGUACUACAAAUCACCAAGCAACCUACUUACAAUGGAAACGAAAGUGCCACCCUUACCAGGCUCCCCGAAAGCUCUCCAAGUGUCUUCCAACGCCAACAGUCUCGACUCACCGAGAAACCAUGGCCAGUCCACAUACUAAAUUGCAUGUACACCUGCCAAGAACGUGAACUCGGACGUAAAUUUGCGUGCAGAUUACGAGCAAUACAGCAACCCUACUCAUCUAUGACUCUUCCAAUAACGGCUCCAAAGGAUUGGACCCAAUCACCGCUCAUCCCAGCUUUCGGCUAUACGGUAUACUUAGAACUUGUCGGGCAGUGCUGCUAAGUAUAAUGUGACCAUGCGACAAUCGGGGGUAUUCUCCGGGCCACUUCCGCUAAGCUCAAAUUUAGGUUUCGAGUUCAAUUAACUGUGAAACGUUUUGUAUCGGCCGGGAGGUUAGGAGCGAGGAUCGGAGGCUCUGUUUCUAUUCUCCUCGCCAUCAUUCUACGCUCGGUGCAUAUCACGAAGUCGGCGUUAUGUCUAACUCGUCGUUUUGAUGAAGGGAGGGAUCUUCGGCAGCUGGGCGCUGUGUAUCAGGUUCUAUCAGGUUCUAGCGUUGCUGUGUUACAUUCCCUCGUCCGAGACUGUACUGACCUAUCUUCCGACUCGUUUUUAGGUACAGUGCACACCUAGGUCGUCGGCCGCACCAUUUUAGAGCUACGAGCUAGCGAACCUACCGAAUCUACUCUGUAGGACUUGGGUAGUGGUAACCCAGAGUUCAUAUUGGAGAUCGUGAAACGGGGUCCCUGUUGUCCCCAGAACUGUUCAGGGGCGGUUCAAGCGAACUAGAGAUGGCCCAUUUGAGACCUCGAACGCCUCAGGGAAGUUGGUUAUAAAAACCACAGCCUGUUUGGCAAAGUUCGCUCCAACAAACUACAUCUCCUCGGAUUCGUUCGCGGUACGGUCCUUGAGGCAAAAAAAAAGAUGGUCGGGUUCAACACACGUCUGGUUCUUCCUGUUGUUCUUUCCAGCGCUGCCCUUGUGCGAGCUGUGGGCCCGGUUACUUCCUUGGUUUUGGCCAACUCCGUUGUGAACCCGGAUGGCUACCAGAGAAAGGGUGUUACCCUCAACGGGAGCUUCAUCGGCCCCACUAUCACUGGGAAGAAGGAUGACCAAUUCAAAAUCAACGUCAUCAAUCUGUUGAAUGAUCCUGAACUUGAACGUACUACCACCAUCCACUGGCACGGUUUGACUCAGGACUUCACCAACUGGGCAGAUGGCACUGCUUCUGUUACGCAAUGCCCCAUCUCGCCCAACGCCAGCUUUGAGUACGACUUCAAGGCGCACCAUGCUGGAACGUUCUGGUACCAUUCUCACCUUUCCACCCAGUACUGUGACGGUCUCCGUGGUGCUUUCAUCGUAUACGACGAUAACGAUCCUAACAAGCACCUCUACGAUGUCGAUGACGAAUCUACCAUCAUCUCGCUCAACGAUUGGUACCACACGAUCGCGAAGACGAUCUCAGCCACCACAAGUUUCGGUAUACCUGACUCUGGGCUUGUCAACGGUCAGGGUAGGGCCUACCGUGGCGUUGUCACCAAAAAUACCAAGUUGGCCGUUAUAACCGUUCAAAAAGGAAAGCGAUAUCGAUUCCGUGUCAUUAAUAUGGCUUGUGAUUCGAUGUACAAGUUCUUCAUUGACCAACAUGAUCUGGAUAUCAUCGAAGUCGAUGGAACUUCCCACAACAAGCUGACUGUCGAUAACGCAAGGAUAUACGCCGGCCAGCGCUACUCUUUCGUCCUCAACGCGAACAAACCCGUUGGCAACUACUGGAUCCGCUCUAAGCCCAACGCGGGUUUAGAACAGAGCUUCAUCAACGGCAUGAACUCCGCGAUACUCCGUUACGAAGGUGCACCCGAUGAGGAACCGGCUGAACAAAACGAGGAUGACAUUAUCCUUAGAAACCCCCUGAAGGAACAGAAGCUCACGCCCUUGGAGCAAAUUCCAGUCCCAGGUGAACCUCGUCCUGGAGGAGUUGACUACGCUCUCCAUGUCCAAUGGGGAUUCAACGAAUCCGUUCCUAACUUCCUUGCCAAUGGUAUAGAGUUGAGCUCCCCCCCUUCCCCUGUCCUGCUCCAAAUCCUCUCCGGUGUUACCAACCCUGCAGAUCUCCUCCCCAGUGGAACAGUCUACGCUCUGCCCAUGAAUGCUUCCAUCGAGAUCUCAUUUUCUGGAGGUAUCCUUGCCAUUGAACACCCUAUACACUUGCACGGACACUCUUUUGAUGUCGUACGGGUUGCCGGAAGUAAGGAGUACAACUACGUUAACCCUCCUCGUCGGGAUGUCGUCAACACGGGUUCGGAAAGCGACAAUGUAACGAUUCGUUUCAGGACGGAUAACCCCGGCCCUUGGUUUGUGCACUGCCAUAUUGAUUGGCAUCUGCAAACUGGUAUGGGUAUCAUUCUCGCGGAAGGCAUUAAUCAGACAAGGACCGACAUCCACCCACCUGCUGCAUGGGGCGAACUUUGUGAUAAAUAUAACGCUCUUCCUUCUGAUGUCAAGCCUGGCAGCGAGGAUUAAAAAAAAGAAGUCGUUUCGAAGUUCAAACGCUUUACCACUCGCCUAUUUACUACUCGCCUAUUUCCGCACCUUCCCUUCGCAAACAAAAAUAAUUUAUCUUCUUCAAAAACUAACCUCGCACUGUAAGGAAGGGUGGUAUUUAUAGAUUUUUCUCUUUCUUUUAUUCUUCAUCAUUUAUAUAUUAAUAUGUAGCUAAGAGCUUCUCCGGGUUGUCACUCUUUAGAACCUCGUACCUCAUACAUUCGUGUUCUCCUAGCGCUUGCAUCAUAGUCGUACUGUAUACCAUCCAACUGCCAUUCAAUGCAAUAUUAGUCAAUUUAGAUUUCAUAAA